AUGAGUAGUGUGUUGUGUCAUGGAGGUGAAACAUUACCGAGUCAUUCCUACACUGGCCAAGAUUACAGUACCCAGGGAAAUGUUGGGAAGAUUUCUUUAGAUCAGAUUGAUUCGCUUUCUACCAAAUCCUUCCUACCUUGUGUGAGUCAGUUACAUAAAGCCUUGCGGGAAAACCACCAUCUUCGUCAUGGAGGCCGAAUGCAGUAUGGCCUAUUUAUGAAGGGCAUUGAUUUAACUUUGGAACAGGCAUUGCAGUUCUGGAAGCAAGAAUUUAUCAAAGGAAAGAUGGAUCCAGACAAGUUUGAUAAAGGCUACUCUUACAACAUCCGUCAUAGCUUUGGAAAGGAAGGCAAGAGGACGGACUAUACACCUUUCAGUUGCCUAAAGAUUAUUCUAUCCAAUCCACCAAGCCAAGGGGAUUAUCAUGGUUGCCCAUUCCGUCACAGUGAUCCAGAGCUGCUGAAGCAGAAGUUGCAGUCAUACAAGAUCUCUCCUGGAGGGAUAAGCCAGAUUUUGGAUUUAGUAAAGGGGAUACAUUACCAGGUAGCCUGUCAAAAAUACUUUGAGAUGAUACACAAUGUGGAUGAUUGUGGCUUUUCCUUGAAUCAUCCUAAUCAGUUCUUCUGUGAGAGCCAACGUAUUCUAAAUGGUGGUAAAGACAUAAAGAAGGAAUCUAUCCAAUCUGAAACUCCUCAACCCAAACCAAGUGUCCAGAAAACCAUGGAUGCAUCAUCUGCUCUGGCCUCUUUAAAUUCCUCUCUGGAAAUGGAUAUGGAAGGACUAGAAGAUUACUUUAGUGUAGAUUCUUAG